AUGGACGCCAACGCCAAUCGAUCGUCUCUCGAUAAAGACGAGGACAAGGCCGAUGUCGUCCAUGAGGAACUCUCCGCCCUGGAGCUGGACGACUCUAUUGAGAAAACAGACCCGGGGGUAGCCGUGUGGCUGAUUGCUUGCACGGUGUCGAUGGGAGGGUUCCUGUUCGGUAUUCAUCCAUACUCACCCACCUUUCUUGCACAGACCUCGGCUCCCCCCUCAGCUCCAAUGAACAAGAACUCGUCACAGCCAUCACAUCCGGCGGCGCCCCUAAUUGGCGCCGUGCUCGCCGGCCUCUCCUCCGACAAAUACGGCCGCAAACUUGGUAUCUACCUCGGCUGCGUGCUCUUCGUCGUCGGCGCCGUCGUCCAAGCCGCAGCCUUCUCGCUGGCCCAGAUGACAGUAGGCCGGUUCGUCGUCGGGCUGGGCGUCGGCAGCGCGGCGAUGAUCGUCCCGCUGUACAUCGGCGAGAUGGCGCCCGCGCGCUUCCGCGGCCGCAUGAUCGUUUUCGAUAACCUGUGCGUAGCCUUUGGCCAGCUCGUUUCGUAUGCGCUCGGCGCCGGCUUCACACAUGUUGCUGCAGGCUGGCGUUGGAUGGUUGCUAUCGGUGCCGUGCCGGCGCUGGCACUCGCGGCGUUUUUGCCCAAGUGUCCGGAGUCGCCGCGCCAGCUUAUCGCGCAUGGGCGGGUGUCGGAGGCUGAUGCUGCGUUGCGCCGUAUCUUCCCACGCGCUACUGAUGCUCAGGUUGCGGGGAAGAUCCGCCUUAUUGAGCAGGCGGCGUCGUCGAUCUCCGAGCGGAGCUUGGGGUGGCAGAUUAAACAGCUGCUUUGUGUGCCGGCUAACCUGAGGGCUUUGGUUACUGCUUGUAUGGUUAUGGCUAUCUCCCAACUCGGCGGCUUCAACACCCUCAUGUACUACUCAUCCACCCUCUUCUCGAUGGUGGGCUUCAACCAGCCGACAUCAGUUUCCAUCGUGGUGGGCGGCACGAACUUCAUCUUCGGGUUCUUCAACUUUGCUGUGAUCGACCGGGUCGGGCGACGCGUAUCCCUCUCCCUAGUCGUCACCGCAAUCGCCUUCCACUGGAUUCCCGUAAACAACCUCUCAACCAUCACCUCAUCUUCUUCCAGCAGCGGCGAAACUACCUGGGCAACGAUCCUACUCCUCGUCAUGAUAAUCACCUACGUCGCCUUCUUCGCCGCCGGCGUCGCCCCCGUCGCCUGGGUCGGGACUGAGCUCCUGCCCCUGGAAGUGCGCGCACUGGGCACGAUGAUCAACUCGGUCGUGUGCUGGGGCUGCAACUUGAUUAUCUCGUCGACGUUUCUGUCCAUGAUGAAGACCAUGACUCCCAGCGGCACGUUCGGGUUCUAUGCGGGGAUUUGUUUUAUCGGCUGGGUUUUUGUCCUGGGGUGUUAUGCCGAGGUGCAUAAUAUGCCGCUGGAGGCGGUGCGCGAGGUCUAUGAGAGUGGGUUUGGGGUGCGGAAGGCGAAGGUCUUGCAGAGGGAGAUUCGGGGGCGGAGGGAUGCUGAGGCGAGGGCUGAAGCUGAGGCUGGUAAGGUGUGA